AUGUCUACGUUAGAUGACAAAAUUUUGGGCGAAAAGCUACACAACUAUUGUAGUAGUAGUGAAGAUGAAGGAGGAUCGGAUUAUGAAGAUAGUAGAAGCGGUGAUGAAGAAGGAAAUGCACCUUCUGUUUCGAAGGCAAAUGCUGAACCGCCACCUGUCAAUAAUUGGUCAGGGUCAGCUACGAACACCGGACCAAAAGGAGUUCUCGAAGAUUGGAGGAGGUACAAACAGUUGGAGGCGGAAAAUCGUGCAGAGUUAGAGAAGGAACGAAUAGCUCUAGCGAAGAAACUAACUUUGUCUGUAAAGACCGAACGCGAAGAAGUAGAAAGCAAGAAGAUAGAAGACCUAGAGGAUGAACUCAGUGAGUUGAUUGAUGAGGAAUUCCUUAUGAAAUAUCAGCAGCAGCGGAUGCAAGAGCUUAUGACUCAACUUCAGAAAGUGCCUCAAUUUGGUAAACUCAUAUUACUGAAUAGUCAAGAAGAAUUUUUAAAUGCAAUUGAUAAAGAAGAUCAAAAGGUAACUGUGAUUGUUCAUAUAUAUGGUGACAUGUCUGUUGCAUGCAAGACUAUGGAUGGUUGUCUGCAAGUUUUGGCAACAGAUUAUCCCACUGUAAAAUUUUGUCGAAUAGCAGCAGAUAUAACAGGAAUGAGUAGACAUUUCAGAGUGGAAGGAGUGCCAGCCUUGCUGGUAUAUAAAGGUGGCCAAAUAAUUGGAAAUUUUAUAAAACUAGCUACUGAAUUGGGAGAUGACUUUUUUGCUACUGAUGUAGAACGUUUUCUAAUAGAAUUUGGGAUAUUACCAGAGAAGUAG